AUGAGCAUGAGCGUGCUUGGGGAGCCCCCUACGCCGCAAUCCGAGCGCCGAGCGGACUGGGAACCGAACGCUCCAUGCGUUCGUUAUGUCCCAUGCGUUCCAACAGCGACUCGGGUGCAGGCGGUGCAGGAUCGUCGUGGUGGCCGGCAAGCGGAGGAGACGCGCCGCUGCAACUUACGAGUUGGCGCUGUGCCCAACGCUGCCGGAUCUGCUUACAUCGAACAGGGCAACACGAAGAUCAUCGCUUCGGUAUACGGCCCCCGCCAAGCAGAACGGGACCGACAGCAGGCGAGAGCCGAAGGCCUCCUUGCUGUGGAGGUCCUCUUCGCGCCCUUCUGUACCAAGGAGUUCAACCGCGAGGAGAACGAGAAGAGAGAGAUCCUUUACAAGUCCCUGCUUCAGGGGUCUUUGGAGUCGGUGAUUCUGUUGGAGAGGUAUGCAAAGACAGCCUUCGACAUCACACUCCUCAUUUUGGAGGACGACGGUGCCGUCCUGACCUCGUGCCUUGCAGCGGCUGCGAUGGCCCUGGCAGAUGCACGAGUGGAAAUGAGGGAUCUAGUGGCAGGUGCCACGGUGCAUUUGCUUCCCGAUUCAGGCAGAGUCUUGCUCGAUUGCGACCGUGAAGAGGAGCGUUCCUUGCCAGAAGGGAGCUCUGUGCUCCACUUGGGGCUCUGUCCAAGACGAGGCCAUCUUUGCUUGCUGCACAGUGUCGGGCCACUGCCCCCUGGGCCUUUCGAGCAAAUGGUGCUCCUUGGAAAAGAGACGGCAGAAGCCUUCGGCGCGGAGAUGAGGCGCUGCCUGGAGGAGCAGGUCCAACGUCGUGUGGCCAAGCGGGCACGCAUGUCUACCGGCCAGGAGCUGCAGGAGAUAAGUGCGCUAGAGGAGUUUCCCGAAGAUUUCGCUGGCGUGCUGGACGAUGGAUAUGGGUAG